AGUUACGAUGCGUGAACAGUUACACCAUAGACGAUCUGAAGAGAUCUUGAUCUUUCUUUCAUUCUUCCGUGUCACGUGUCCCGCCGUGACCUCCUGUGUCCAUUCUCCAUUCUGGCUUCCUGCGUGUGGGGACUGCGGCGGAUUAGUGGUCGGAGUGAAACUGGACCUUGAGGCCUGGGUGGACAAAUUCAAGAUCCUGGCCAGCAACCAGUCUGACGCUCGGCAGGGUUCCCACAAGUGUGGGCCAUCCAGCAGCUGCGAGAUGGACUGCGAAGUCAACAGUGACGACCUCAUGUGUUACCUGUUGGAUGAUGGAGGCUUCCUCGUUAUGUCCAACCAGAAGGAGCACUGGAAAAAGGUGGGUCAGUUCUUCGGUGACGUGGACCCGUCCUUGAUGCACGCCUCUUCAACAACUCUAUCUACGCCCGCAAGCAAUCCUUCGACUACCAUGCGGUCUGCGAGGCCACGGCCAGCAGCCGCACGGGAGCCGCUCGCCGGGGGGUCUUUGUGCCAACCAUCGCAGACCUGCUGAACGUCGCCUGGUGGACAUCGGCAGCAACCUGGUCCCUGAUUCAGCAUGUGCUCUAUGGGCUGACGUACCACAGCUGGUUCGCUGCAGACCCAGGUGCGGUGGAGGCCGAAGCUGCGGAUGCCCGAGAGAGCAGCUGCGUGACGGUGUACAGCCAGUUCUACUUUACCAACACAAGCAACUCGUACAACACCCUCCAGGACUGUGGGAACUGCUCCAGGUGAGUGUGGGCCU